AAAAAGUUCAUUGGCAAAUGACAACUAUCCCCACUUCUUCUACUCUCAUCUCUUAUCCCUUCAUGAGAGCCUGAGAGGGAGGAGGAAAACAGAAGAGAGCAAUGGCCCUUCAAGCACCAGCAGGGCUCAGGUGCACCACCACAAGGAUCAUUCCAUCCCUACUAUCUCCACCACCAAGCCAAACUGGCCUGCGAGGACCCUCCGAUCGCUGCGCCCUUCGAUCAGCCUUCUUCUCUCCCUCAGUCCAGCUCCUGCUGUCACCCCUGCAACAAGCUCCUGCCGCUGCCCCGAGGUUCUCCAUGCGCGUCGCCUCGAAGCAGGCCUACAUCUGCCGCGACUGCGGUUACAUAUACAAUGAUAGAACACCCUUUGAGAAGCUUCCAGAUAAGUAUUUCUGCCCUGUCUGCGGGGCUCCCAAACGGAGAUUCAGGCCAUAUGAACCUUCAGUUGCCAAGGAUGCAAAUGACACAGAUGCCCGUAAAGCCAGGAAGGCUCAGAUGAAGAGAGAUGAAGCCAUUGGGAAAGCGUUACCUGUUGCCAUAGUGCUUGGAGUUGCAGGGCUAGCUGGCUUGUAUUUCUACCUCAACAAUGCCUACUAGUGUGAGCAAGGAGCAUCAUGAGGCUCCUCUUUUCUUCAUUCUGAAACCGGUCGAGUCAAUAUUAGUAUUCAUAAUGUACUGUCAUCUGUAACAACAGAAUAAGUUAAUGUACUUAUGUUUCCAAUUUCAAGUUGUGAGGUUUCUGUUAAACAA